UGCCUACAGUCCACCAUGGUCACCGACCCGACGAAUCAACAGUCAAAAGUGGAUGACUUCACAUCGAGCCUCGUCAGCGUCAGCGUGUCGGACGACGGCAUGAUAGCAAGAUGUCACACUGACGCUCGAGUCGCGACAGUGUAGGCCACCUCGAGAUGGCUCUGCCUUCAGACGCGUCUCGUCCAGCAGGAUUGCGACGGGAUGUGCACGACACUCGCACGCCCCUCUUGGCCCAUCGUGUAGCACAGCUCAACUCUUCCUUGCUAUCUGUCCGCGCCAAUGCAUCCUCCAUCUCUUCUGCCUCCUCAUCCUCUCGACAGCCCCUCUCGGCCACCUUUGGCACGCUCAGCACCGCCGACAUCGCCUUUUUUGAUGCGGUCAUCACCCACCUGCACAGCGGCGGAGCGUCCGAUUUUGCCUCUCUAAAGAAGGCCUACAAUGCCGUCAGAGCUCUCCCAGUGCCAAGCCCUUGCAAUGAGGAGAAGGACGCAUUCUUGUGGGACAAGACGCUUUGUCUGCUCCAAGUGAGAGGUCGCGACUGGUCCAGUAGGUGGGAUGCUGUGCGCAUGGCGCUUGGACUGGAACCUCGCUCGACGAGCAGCGGUGAGGAUGCGACGCUGAGGUCAGAGGACGCAAGCGAGAGCAGCGAGGAAGACGUCACGACGGGAGGAAGUGCUGAUGAACUGGAGCGCUGGAGACUUCAAGCUGCUCAUACCAACAUCCACAGAAAUCCUGGCCAUAGGCACGCAGUGCGACUCCCAGACGCUCUGCAGCAACAAAGCCAGCCAUCGAAGCUACAGUCUUUAGCUGCGCAGGCGCGAACGCUUUCUCGGCAAGCGGGUCGAUUUCAGGAUGGCGAUGAUGGUAACAGACCGCACGGGCAGGAUAAGGGAGCUUAUGUGGACACUGCUAGCGAUUCUUCCACACUAGCACCUUCAGCGACGUAUGCCAUGUCGGAACGUCAAAAGGCUAUUGCUGCUCAGCAAUCAGUGCCCCACAAGCUUCGCCAAUAUUCCGGCACACCGCCAAAUGGCUCCGAGUCGGACUCCCCAGACCUGCAACGGCCCACUCGUGCGAUGCAACCCAGCAAGGAAGGUCUCACUGGCGUCAAACCGUUGAGCCGACCGCACCCCCAACCAUCGGACACCGAUCGAUCGACUUCUUGUGGGCCUGAGGCGAGGCGCGAUACAUCUGCGCGCACAUCAGCCCAGAACGAAGUGCAAAGACGCUUCGCUGCGGUGAUCGCCCGGUCUCGCGAGGAGCGGGCAGCUCUUGCAGCAGCUGAAGCGGAGCGAGUAGCUUUGGCGGAGGAGCUAAGUCACGCGCCAGCAACACGCUUGGCUGAAGAGCAUGAUCGACGAAAGAUCCUGCGGCCUGCGCUCGGCUGGUGGAGGCAGCGCUAUCAGCGAUUAGAGGCCAACGCAGGCCGCGUAGAUCGAGCUCAUGAUCAAAUCAUCUUGUCCAAAGCGCUGAGGUGUUGGGUAAAGCGUCGCCAGGCCAAAGAGCAGGCCUUGAACGCCGCGGGCGGCGUGGACAAGGUGAGAUGCCUUCUAGGCGCUUGGAGAGUAUGGAGGAAAACGUGUGCGCUUCGUAAGGAGCAUCGCAAGGAGGCCCGCGUUGCCGAGCUCAAAUCUGCCUGGGACGCAGUCACGUCAGAACGCGACCACAGGGCGAAGUGGAGAGCAUGGGAGGAGUGGCGCUCGCGCUUCCUGCAUCGCUUUGCUGGAAGACUGCGAGAGGAGCACUUAGUCCGCGGAGCAUAUUCAAUGUGGAACCUCGCCCUUGCGCGAUCACGCCGCUUGAAGUCUGUCGAGAACGAGAUGGCCCAGACGAUGAUGCGCAAUCGGCUUGCGGACUCCUUUGACUCGUGGCAGAAGCGCUUGGCUUUGAGGCGAGCAGAGGCCGAAGCAUCGCAAAGGUUAGAUGACCGCUUGGUCCGGAGCGCAUUUGAGGCAUGGCGCAAACAGGGUGAAUUGAAUGUUUUGGCAACCAAUUACCUCGCGCUGCGAGUCAAAAGAGGCGCUUUCAAAGCUUGGCAGACAGCGACGAGCGAGCGCGCAGAUCGGGCGCGCAGAGAGUCGCUCGCCGAUCGCUGGCGAGUCAGACGGAAAAAGCGUCAGGCUAUUAGCCGCUGGCAAAACAAGUAUCAAAAGCUUGCGGACAUGCAGGAUACCGCCUCUAGUCUUCUUGUCAUACGAGAAGAGCGCCUGCAACAUCGCGUGUUGACGCAGUGGAUGCUGGAAGAGCGCCUCGUCCUUGUGUGCAGGGUCCGCAGUUCUAGGACAGUUGCUGCCGCUUUCAAAGCUUGGAAGGAUCGGAAGUCGCAUUUUGCGGCGUUGCUCGAACCGAAAGCAGAGCAGGUCCAGGCUCGCUCGCGGCGCGCAACCACGACCAACGUGUGGUCGAAAUGGCGGCGAAGGCAUAGUCUUCAUGAAGCUGAUGCUGCCGAGGCUGACGCGUUUUUCGCCAAGCGCCUGUUGUCCAAAAGCCUGGCACAGUGGAGCUCUUUGCUGGAAUCGCAGCGUCAGAUGCAGCGCAGAGCCGCUAAGGUCGCCGAGUUUGUCGCUUUGCGAAGAUCGUGGCAGGAGUGGGCAGCUCUGCUGCGAGAAAGGAGAUGCGCGGAGUUGCAGUCGCGGAGAGCCACCAUAGGAGUCAGAGCCGCUUUCACCACCUGGCGCGCUUGCGCUGCGGAGCGCGCAAAAGAGCGCGUGGCAGUUGAGAAGGUCACUAAUCGGCGGGACGACCGCAUGCUACGACUGGCGCUGGGUCAGUGGAUGAAUCGAGUCAUCGAACAGCGCAGUCAAGCGCUCCGAGCCUCAGAGAGAUGGGACAGCAUGAUGCUGAGAGGCGCAUGGUCACAGUGGGUUGCUGCAUGCGUGCGCCACGAGGACCUAAUCAACCUCGGCCAGAGCUUUGCGGACGUCAAGAAAGAGGAGCGCACACGACGCAUUUUGAGCAGUUGGCUGUCUCGAACGCGGAUCAACCGGGGCCAUCGUGUAGCUGCCGAGGCUUUCAAGGCAAAGCGAGACCGGCGCAAGAUGGAGGAAGCAUGGGUUUUGUGGACCGAAAAGCAUUACGACAUUAGCCUGCGGCCAUUGGUGCGUCUAGACGCCGCUUGUUUGGCAAAAGUCCGCCUCUGACCUUGUCUUUUGUCUGGAUGCAGGAGUAUGAGGUGGCGAUGAAGAGGCAAGAAGGCGCUGCCAAUGCCGUUAUGCGCAAGUGGCAGGCUCGCACCCGCGUGCUGCCAGCUCUCAAACUCGAUAGACAGAGGCUGCUUAGCCAUUCGUGGGACAAGUGGAGCGACAAUCUACCGGUGGCUGUGGCUCGUCGACAGGCGAUCGAUCGAGAUAGGAAUCAAAUGCUGGGCAAAGCGUUCUUUCAUUGGAUCAGGGCAAGCAAAGCCAAGCGAUCGAUGCGUGCUGCGGCGCGCUUCGGGGGCCCUUCAGCCGUGCGCCUGCGUGCUGCAGCGCAACUCCGAAAAGUCAGCCCAUUCGUGCACCGGCCG